AUGGCUACCGAGUACGAUGAAGAAUUCGACUAUGAUGGAUACGAGGAGGACGACGCAAGCAUCACUCCCGAAGAUUGCUGGACUGUCAUAUCGUCAUUCUUCGACUCGAAAGGCUUGGUGUCGCAGCAGGUCGACUCUUUCGACGAGUUCACGACAUCUACAGUCCAGGAGCUCAUCGACGAAUACUCCCACAUAACCCUCGACCAGCCGAACCCUGCAUCCGACAGUGAUAGAGCGAUUGCACUACGCAGAUAUGAAGUCAAAUUCGGCACGGUCAUGGUCUCCAGACCAUCGAUCACUGAGGCAGACGGCAAAGUCUCGACGCUACUUCCCUACGAAUGCCGUGACCGCAACCUGACAUACGCGAGUCCCCUCUACGUCAGGAUCACGAAGAAAGUGUCCAUCGCUGUUGAGAACCAAAUCCCGCUCAACGAGCUGGAUGACGAACAGCAUGACGAGAUGGCCAGGACAGGCGAGCAUCCGACAAGACUAGAGUGGGAAGAGGAGGAGAGUGGCGACGACCCAGGUGCCGACAAAGACAAGCCAGAAGAUAUGAAGGACAUGAUCUUCAUUGGACGCAUGCCUAUCAUGGUGAAAUCCAAGAUUUGCCACCUCAGCCGCGAGAGUGAGAACGACCUCUUUAUGCUCAACGAGUGCCCUUACGACCAGGGCGGCUACUUCGUCAUCAACGGCAGCGAGAAGGUACUCAUCGCCCAAGAACGCUCCGCUGCGAACAUUGUACAGGUCUUCAAGAAAGCUCAGCCAAGCCCCUUUUCGUACACUGCCGAGAUUCGCAGUGCUCUCGAGAAGGGCUCGCGACUGAUCUCGAGCCUGAUGCUCAAGCUGCACAGCAAGAGCCCUGCCAAGGGCGGAGUCGGCCAGACCAUCCACUGCACUCUGCCGUAUGUCAAGGUUGACAUACCCAUUGGCAUCGUCUUCCGCGCCUUCGGCAUCGUGUCUGAUGAAGACAUUCUUAAUCACAUUUGCUACGACAGAAACGACACGCAAAUGCUGGAAAUGCUACGGCCUUGCAUUGAAGAGGCCUUCAUCGUCCAGGACCGUAACGUAGCCCUUGACUGGAUCGGCAAGCGCGGUAACAGCAACCACACGAUGACUAGAGAGAAGCGUGUGCGAAGUGCCAAGGAAAUACUGCAGAAGGAGACGUUGCCUCAUAUCUCACAGAGCGAAGGCAGUGAGACCAGGAAGGCGUUUUUCCUUGGCUACAUGACUCACAAGCUGCUGCAGUGCGCCUUAGGAAGACGCGAUAUUGACGACCGCGAUCAUUUCGGAAAGAAGCGAUUGGACCUCGCAGGACCUCUGUUGGCGAAGCUCUUCCGCACUAUCGUUCGUCGCAUGAAUCAAGAGCUUUCGGGGCAUCUCAAGCGUUGCGUCGAAUCCAACCGACAGUUCAGCCUGACUCUCGGCGUCAAACCCCAGACGUUGUCUAAUGGUCUCAAAUACUCGCUAGCGACAGGAAAUUGGGGAGAUCAAAAGAAGGCUGCGAGCUCAACCGCUGGUGUGUCCCAGGUCUUGAACCGGUACACAUUUGCAUCGACCUUGUCACAUUUGCGGCGGACGAACACGCCCAUCGGCAGAGAUGGCAAGAUCGCCAAACCUAGACAACUCCACAACACUCACUGGGGCCUGGUGUGUCCCGCCGAAACGCCAGAAGGGCAGGCUUGCGGUCUUGUCAAGAACCUAUCCUUGAUGUGCUAUGUCAGCGUCGGCACGCCAGCAGAGCCCAUCAUCGAUUACAUGAUCCAGCGUGGUAUGGAGGUUUUGGAAGAGUACGAGCCGCUCAGGUAUCCCAACGCGACCAAAGUUUUUCUCAACGGUGUCUGGGUAGGCGUUCAUCAAGACCCGCGCGUGCUGGUCCCUGACGUUCAGGGCACACGUCGUCGAAACGUCAUAUCUCACGAAGUGUCCCUGGUCCGCGACAUUCGCGACCGCGAGUUCAAGAUUUUCUCCGACGCUGGUCGAGUCAUGAGACCGGUCUUCGUUGUCGAGCAGAGCCACCACGGUGCCGUACCUCAGGGCUCGCUCGUACUACAGAAGGAUCUUGUCAAUGAAAUGCGGGACCAGCAAGAAAACCCUCCCGAUAACCCAGAAGACAAGAUCACGUGGCAAACAUUGGCCCACAGCGGUAUCAUCGAGUACCUUGAUGCUGAGGAAGAAGAGACAUCGAUGAUUUGCAUGACGCCUGAGGAUCUAGAACUCUACCGAUUGCGCAAAGCUGGGCAUGAAGUUGAAGAGGAUAUCUCCGAAGGGCCUAAUCGCCGCCUACGAACUAAGAUCGCUAAAACGACGCAUAUGUAUACCCACUGCGAGAUCCAUCCGAGUAUGAUUUUGGGAAUCUGCGCCAGUAUCAUUCCCUUCCCCGACCAUAACCAGUCGCCUCGUAAUACAUACCAAUCCGCCAUGGGCAAGCAAGCAAUGGGUUUUUUCCUGACGAAUUACUCUCGAAGAAUGGACACAAUGGCCAACAUUCUUUACUACCCGCAAAAGCCUCUCGCCACGACGAGAUCAAUGGAGUUUCUGAAAUUCCGAGAGCUUCCCGCGGGGCAGAAUGCCGUCGUCGCUAUUGCAUGCUAUUCUGGUUACAACCAGGAGGACUCGGUCAUCAUGAAUCAAAGCAGCAUCGAUCGAGGCCUAUUCCGCAGCCUGUUCUUUAGGUCGUACACGGAUUGCGAGAAGCGGGUAGGCAUCAAUCUCGUGGAACAAUUUGAGAAACCGUUCAGAAACGAUACCCUGCGCCUUAAGCAUGGAACGUACGACAAGUUGGAUGACGAUGGUAUUGUGGCGCCAGGUGUUCGCGUUUCUGGCGAGGACAUCAUCAUUGGCAAGACGUCGCCGAUUAACCCCGAUAAUCAAGAGCUUGGCCAACGAACGAUGCAGCACGUCAAACGAGAUGCCUCAACGCCAUUGCGAAGUACGGAAAACGGCAUCAUUGACUCGGUUAUCCUCACAACGAACCAGGACGGCUUGCGAUAUGUCAAGGUGCGAGUGAGGACCACCAAGAUUCCGCAGAUCGGCGACAAAUUUGCUUCUCGUCACGGUCAGAAAGGAACGAUUGGUGUCACGUACCGCCAGGAAGACAUGCCCUUCACCUCAGAGGGUAUCACCCCGGACAUCAUCAUUAACCCUCAUGCCAUCCCUUCACGAAUGACCAUUGCGCAUCUGAUUGAAUGUCUGCUUAGCAAAGUGUCGACAUUGAAGGGUAUGGAAGGAGACGCAACGCCUUUUACCGACGUGACUGUAGACUCCGUCUCGCAGCUUCUCCGCGACCAAGGUUAUCAAUCUCGAGGAUUCGAGGUUAUGUACAACGGCCACACUGGAAAGAAAUUGCGUGCUCAGGUAUUUUUUGGACCAACUUAUUACCAGCGGCUGCGUCACAUGGUCGACGAUAAAAUUCAUGCACGCGCCCGCGGCCCCGUGCAGAUCAUGACAAGGCAGCCAGUCGAAGGUCGAGCCCGCGAUGGUGGCUUACGGUUCGGCGAGAUGGAGCGAGAUUGCAUGAUUGCACACGGUGCUGCCUCAUUCUUGAAGGAGAGGUUAUUUGAGGUCUCGGAUGCUUUCCGGGUUCAUGUUUGUGAAAUCUGUGGCCUCAUGACACCUAUCGCAAACCUGUCAAAGCAAUCCUUCGAGUGCCGCCCUUGCAAGAACAAGACGAAAAUCGCUCAAAUCCAUAUUCCGUAUGCCGCCAAACUCCUUUUCCAGGAACUGCAAUCAAUGAACAUUGCUGCCCGAAUGUUCACGGACAGGUCUGGCGUUUCGAUCCGCUGA